AUGUUCACGGCGCUCUGCACGACGAUUUUUAUCAUCUCAAAGUGCGAGAGCGGCCAGACAGAAGCGAUGGACGCAUGCAUCAACCAACUGAUACACGUCUUGUCCUUCCACCGACGCUACUACACCGAUUCGCAGUCGAACGACCGCGAAGCCUCCAGACUCUUGUGUCCGUCCAUAGCCAGCGACAUCCAAGUGGAGCUUCUGAGGCCGAUGAUCGCUCAAAUGACUGUCUUCAGUGAGUGUAGCGACCAGUUCAUCAUCGCUGUCGCGGGGCUCUUAGAGAUGAUCGCGCUACCGUCCCAGACCACACUCUUCUCAGCGGGAGACUACGGCGACGCCCUUUAUAUUGUCCACUCGGGCGUGCUCGAGAUCAUCGUGGACUCCGUGACGGUGCGAGACAUACGCAAGGGCUCGUGCUUCGGCGAGCUGUCGGUGUUUUCGUCCAUGCCACGAACUGCCACGGUACGUUUCACUGCGACCGGUUGCUCGAAGGGUCCCCGGCGUGUGCGUCUCUAA